CAGGCAGGAAGAGGCGGCGGAAAAGGCCCGGCUGAGGCGAGGAAGCGGAGCGAGCGAGCGAGCGAGCGAGGCAUCUGUUGCUUGCUGUUCCAGACGAUUAACUCCCAUGACCAGUAAGGCAGCAAAACGGGACCACCCACGAGCAAGGGUUGGGUUUCUGCAUACCCAGGUUCAUGUCUUUUAGAUUAAAGUGUUCGACUAACGGCGUCAUGAGCAGAAGCAAACGGGAAAACAACUUCUAUAGUGUAGAGAUUGGGGAUUCUACUUUCACUGUACUCAAACGAUACCAGAAUUUAAAACCUAUUGGUUCGGGUGCGCAAGGCAUAGUAUGUGCAGCCUACGAUGCUAUCCUUGAAAGAAACGUAGCAAUCAAGAAGCUAAGUCGGCCAUUUCAGAACCAAACCCAUGCCAAACGAGCCUACAGAGAGCUUGUCCUCAUGAAGUGCGUAAACCACAAAAACAUAAUUGGCCUAUUGAAUGUCUUUACCCCACAGAAAUCACUGGAAGAAUUUCAAGAUGUUUACAUAGUGAUGGAGCUCAUGGAUGCAAAUCUCUGCCAAGUGAUUCAAAUGGAGCUCGACCAUGAACGAAUGUCCUAUCUCCUCUAUCAAAUGCUGUGCGGCAUUAAGCAUCUUCACUCAGCUGGAAUUAUACAUAGGGAUUUGAAACCUAGCAAUAUAGUAGUAAAAUCUGACUGCACGCUGAAGAUUCUUGACUUUGGAUUAGCUAGAACAGCAGGAACCAGCUUUAUGAUGACACCUUAUGUUGUGACUCGUUACUACAGAGCCCCAGAAGUCAUCCUAGGGAUGGGAUACAAAGAAAAUGUGACUAUUUGCUUUGCUUCUUCUUUUUGUGCUACAAACAUAGUGGAUUUAUGGUCUGUUGGGUGCAUUAUGGGAGAAAUGGUUUGCCACAAAAUCCUCUUUCCAGGAAGGGACUAUAUUGAUCAAUGGAAUAAAGUUAUUGAACAACUAGGAACGCCAUGCUCAGAAUUCAUGAAGAAGCUGCAGCCAACAGUGAGGACAUACGUGGAGAAUAGGCCUAAAUAUGCUGGUUAUAGUUUUGAAAAGCUCUUCCCAGAUGUCCUGUUUCCAGUUGAUUCUGAACAUAACAAACUGAAAGCCAGUCAGGCAAGAGAUUUGUUAUCCAAAAUGCUGGUGAUCGACGCAUCAAAAAGAAUCUCGGUAGAUGAAGCUCUACAGCAUCCAUACAUCAAUGUCUGGUAUGACCCUUCAGAAGCAGAAGCACCUCCUCCAAAGAUACCAGACAAGCAGCUGGAUGAAAGAGAGCACACAAUAGAAGAAUGGAAAGAGUUGAUUUACAAGGAAGUUAUGGACCUGGAGGAGAGAACCAAGAAUGGAGUUAUAUGUGGACAACCGCCUCCUUUAGCACAGGUGCAGCAGUGAUCAAUGGUUCUCGGCAUCCCUCUUCAUCGUCAUCUGCCAAUGACGUCUCUUCAAUGUCUACUGACCCAACAUUGGCCUCCGAUACAGACAGCAGCCUAGAAGCCUCCGCAGGCCCCCUGGGUUGCUGUAGAUGACUACUUGACGUACUGGGGGACAGGGGUUCUCUUAGUUACAAAAAUUGGUGGUAUUAUUUGGGGAGUGUUUUCAAAAGUAAUUGUGGGAUUCAUUUCAGAGUGCUAAUUUUAAUUUAAGUUGUGUUUUAAAAGUAAGCCACAAUACUUUCCUGUAAUAAAUUGUACAGUAUUAAUAAUUUUUAUCAUGAGUUUUUAAAUUUGCAUAUGUUUUACUACUGUGAUGUGGACCUCGUUUUUAAAAAUUACAUUAUUAAAUGUAACAUUGCUGUCCCGUUUGUUACAUGACAGCUUUAUUUAAGGUUUACUUGAGUUUCGGAAUCAUUUUAUUAGGGUAUCUUUGUGUGUUGCACACCCUUUUUCUCAGUCCAUAAGCUAAAUGUUUUAUUUUUAGCCAUUUGAGUGGUUAAACUAUCUAAUUAUAGGCUAAGGUAUAGCCAUGGAGAUAGCAGUUCUGAACAGAGACAUCUCCUGCGGUAUGUAGGGAACAUUAUAUAAGCUCUGACAAUGUCACAUUUUCUUGUGCCCAAAGGAAUCACACAAAACAAGAUGAAGAAGCGUGAUAGAGCACGCCGCCUUUGCCAUGCAAAUUUAACUUGCCCCAUAGUUAAAUAGAUUAACAAUGCAAAUUCAUGUUUCCCACACUGAAUAUGGUUCUGUGGUGCUCAUUUCUCUACCUUCCUUGCAUAUUCAGGCUAGUGCAUCUCUUAGUUUAUAAAGCGCUCUUUCCCCCAAAUUUAGCACUUUCCCCUUACACAGCAUCCUGUCGCUUCAGGAUCUGCAGUGAAUGCAAUGCAUAAGAUGAUGCUGCAGGGACGUCCAUUGUGCUGCACUGACAGCGUUCCUCUUUUGCCUCACCGUGUCAUUGGAGUGGCAUAGAAAACCCCCCAAAACUGACAGUGGGUCAUUCUGAAGCCAUGAGAAUCGGGUAGCAUUUCAGCACAGAGAUCCCAACUUUGGACGCGCUCCCUUAAAAAAACCAAACCCAACCAUCAACAAUGAACUAUGUAGAAAUGUUAAAUAUAAUGUAAAAUGGUGCUGCUCUUCACUGAAGUAUGUUAACUGUUUACAGUGUACAUUAUUGAAUGAUAUUUUUUUGUGCAACCGAUUAAGUUCUAUGUGAGUAAAACAAUCAUUGGGAAUUUGUCCUUAGGAAUUGCAAUGUUUGUGAAUUUAGGCUGUGCUGACUGCCUUGCGUAGAUAGAAGUAUUUUGUGUAGUGGAUUUAAAUGUGAACAAAACUGUACAUCAGUGCUGCCUACAGAAGCAAAUAUUAAACGAUAGCACAAGUAUCUUGUUGGACACAA